CUUAUUAAUGUGAUUUUCGCUGUGUUUUCAACUGUGUUAUUAAAAAAAAAGUUUCUAAUUCACGAAAAAAAAGACUACCAAGAUAUCUCAGUGUAUUAUCUUCGUGCGACGUGAAGAAAAGUUACCAACAAUAACAACAUUUUAAGACUUUCUACAACAACGAUGGAUGACAACAGAUGUGUCGUUAUUGAAUUCGUGAAUGAAGAAAACGAAAUUGGUGUUGGAUACAGAGAUUGGCUUCUUCCAAAACAACUGACCGAUGCAGAAUUGCAGGAAAAAAUAGAUUGCGAGGAAGAAAUAAAAACUAUCUGGCCUAAUUGCGAGAUAGGACCAAGUAAUAAAAUGAAAAAGCGACUUUUGGGAUGCGAAUGGGAAGAAUAUGUAGUUAAAGUGAUGGCUUUCGGCAAAUGGACCGAAAUGUGUGACGUUCGCAAGAAUAUAGAAAAAUAUGGUGUAUGCAACGUAUCUCGAGAUUCUCGUCGUGGUAGGACAAAGCGCAAGCUGAAUUCAGAUUCCGAAUCCGGAAAGAGCGACGAUAACACCGAGCCAUCAAAAACUAAAGAGAAAAAAAAUUCGAAACAACUCAAACGGCUGGAUGAUUUGAAACAAAAGAAAUUGAAAAAAGAUUUUGCUGCAAAGUCGGGAACAAUGCGAAAAAAGCCGAAAAUUGCAGAUGAAUCUCAAGAUUCGGAUAGUGAUUCACAACUGAUGUAUUCAGACAAACCAACACUCAUUAAGAAAAUCUCGAUGUUGCAACGAGAAGUCGAAGAAUUAAAAAUUGCAAAUAAAGUACUCGUUUCAACGACUGAUGCUUAUAAAGAUUUGCUGGAAAUGAAACAGUUGAUCACCGAUCUUAUUGAAACUUUACAAGAUGUUAAGCAAUGCAGUGGCAACACCAUACCAAACCAAUCGCAAAAAGAAGAUAAAUCAUCUAAAGUUGCACUUAAGAAAGGGACUUUUCUGCCUUGCUCUGCAAAAGACGAUGAUAACGAAGCUAUCAUCCCGAAUUUUCGAGAAUCACGCACUAUUCAUACUCAUGAUAAUGGAGUAAUUGAUCAAGAGCAAAAAUUGAAGGGCAUAGUGGAAUCGUCCCGACACCACGCCACGACGUCAUCGGUCAAUAAUGGUACGAAUGAUAUCAAUGAUAAACUUUUUCCGUGUUCGGAUUCAGCGAAAACAACUCAAAUAAAAGAAAAAAAAGAUACUUCAUCAGCAGGAGAAGAUGAAGAAUUCAGUAUUUGCAAAAAACAAUUGUCGAAAUGUCGUCAUAGCAAUUCCAUUGUAUUAACGGGUGAUUUAAUGAACGUUUUGUUCACACGCGAUGAAUUAAGAACUUCAACUUUAUCCGGGGAAGUUUCCAAUUUGCAGCUUAAUAAAAAUGGACAACCGAAAAAAAAACUGAACCCAAAAAAAAUUGAAUUCAUUUUUGAUUACGUCAAGAAACUUUUCCCGAACGAAGUAAACAUCGACGUUACAAUUAAACAAAAAAUUCAACAAAAAUGCAACAACGCGACUCCUCGACCAAGCCGUCAAAACAAGUUGUCGUCAAAGGGUUAAAAAUACUUAUUUCGAAUGUUUGUUUUCUUUCAUUUUUUAAUUUUUCAUUCUUUCUUUUCUUCUACAAUGCGUCCGCACGCAAUCUCUCAUCGAAAGACUCGAAAUUUUUUAGAUUAUUUUGAUUCAAUUUCAGAAAUAUUUUCAUCUUUUCUUUUCGGAAGAAUGUCGACAAAACGGUGUAUAUAGCUUUCCUAAAAAUUUGGAGCUAUUCGUAAUUGUCUCUUUAUUAAGUGAAUAAGAUGAAAUUAUAAAAAACUAAAGAAAUUCGAAUAAAUCUGAUGUUCAUUUUCAA